AAAACUGGUGCCUGCCUGCCUAGCAACGCAUAAACAAGCAUUUUUAAAUUGAUUCAAUAACAUUUUCUAAUAUUUGAAUUUUUUUUCUUUGAUAAUGGACGAAGAAGUACAAGCAGAUAUACCAGAGCCUGUUGGAGAAGAAACCGAACUAAAAAUUAGACCUUUAGAACGAGUUAAGCUUAACCCAAAAGCACCCAUUGAACCUUCAGCAUACGGCAAAGGAAAGAAUUUCAGUAGACCAUGGAUUUUACAAGAUGGUCGUGAAGUACCUGGACAAGGCAGUGAAAUGCGAGAUAAUUAUAAAAUUCCUAAAAAAUCGACCCACAUUGAAGGUAUUCGAAAACGUAUGCUGACUGACUUUUUUUGGGAACAAAUGCUAGAUGAAGUAAUUGAUGAAUUAGCAACAUCACAACCUGUUGAUGAAUACUGUUCUGAGUACGAAGCGAACUAUGUGAAGGACCAGUUUGAACCACGCAAUCUGGAGAGCACUGCAGAUAAAAAUAUGCAUCUUAAAUAUCCUUUAUACGGAACAGGAUCCAGUGCGAUAACUUAUUACAGCGAGAAUAUUAUAAAGACUGGACCCGGAGAAAUAUUAGAAAAAUUCAGGAGAUGUCAAUAUUUUACAAAACCAAUGGAGGAAAGAUUAGAUAUCGGUUGGGUUUUGUAA